AUGGCAACCUUCAACUACACUGAUACCAGCCACUCACUCUUCAUUCUGCUGGGCAUCCCUGGCCUGGAAGACCAACACACAUGGAUCUCUCUCCCCUUCUUUCUUUCCUACCUUGUUUCCCUACUUGGGAAUAGCCUCCUCAUCCUCGUCGUCAUGACGGAACACAGCCUCCAUGAACCUAUGUACCUUUUCCUCUGCAUGUUGGCUACAGCUGACCUCGUCCUGUCCACGACCACUGUGCCCAAGGCCCUGGCCAUAUUCUGGUUUCAUGCUGGGGAAAUCUCCCUUGAUGGUUGUGUCACCCAAAUCUUCUUCAUCCAUGCAACUUUCAUUGCCGAAUCAGGCAUUUUGUUGGCAAUGGCAUUUGAUCGCUAUGUGGCCAUCUGUGACCCCCUGCACUAUAGCACAGUGCUCAGCCGUGCAGUAAUCACAAGAAUUGGCCUGGCUGUGGCCUUGAGAAGCUUCUGCGUGAUACUCCCGGAUGUGUUCCUGGUGAAGCGACUGCCUUUCUGCCGUAGCAAUCGGUUGCCGCAUACCUACUGUGAGCACAUGGCUGUGGCCAAGUUUGCAUGUGCUGAUAUCCGUGUCAAUGUUUGGUAUGGCUUGUCUGUCCUCCUCUCCACUGUGGUGCUAGAUGCCUUGCUCAUCUUAGUUUCCUACAGCCUCAUCCUUUAUGCAGUCUUCCACCUUCCUUCCAGAAGAGCUUGGCAAAAGGCUCUAGGCACAUGUGGUUCCCACCUUGGGGUCAUUUCCAUGUUUUACUUGCCUGGCAUUUUUACCAUAAUUACCCAGAGGUUUGGGCACCAUGUUCCUCUCCAUACCCACAUUCUUCUGGCCAAUGUCUGCAUGUUGGCCCCUCCCAUGAUGAAUCCCAUUAUUUAUGGGAUCAAGACCAGGCAGAUUCGAGAGCGUGUGCUCAGUACUUUGUCAUUACAGUGGAAAUGA